AUGGAAGGAUUGAUACAAUAUAUCAACUUUUGAUACCAAAGCUUUGUUGAUAACCAGUUUCCACACGAUGUUUAUGUAGUCAUGGGCAACUAUUCUGGAGACUUAGACUCCACGAUCGGAGCAGUUCUUCUGAGCUACUUUCUCACUUUGAAAUAUCAUGCUGCAAACAAUUACACCGAAGAAGUAAAAGAAGCUGCCAGAGUUUAUGUUCCAUGACUUGGAUACGAGAAGGAUCAUCUUCGGUUCAAGCUUGACGUGAUCGAGCAUUUGAAACAAACAAAUUUUCCGACAGACUCUGAAGACCAGUUCAAACUCAUCAGCAUAUUCGAUAUGGAUUUGAGUCGUCUGCUUGAAGACGAUAGACUGCAUUUGAUUCUUUACGACCACAACCAACUGCAGAUGCAAGAUUUCCCUUGCGAUAGUUCUGAAGAUUUUGAGAGGUUCGAAAGAAGAGUGGUUGGGAUUUACGAUCACCAUGUUGACCAACAUGCAUAUGAUGAUCAACUUGAGUUUAAUUAAGAUCGAACCCACAGGAUCUGCGACUAGGUAUUUUGAUCGUUGGAUUUAUAGCUUGAUUGUGAAGGACAUUCUUGAAUGGGAAAAGCAUAACGAAAAAAUUAUCCAGCCUGAUCUUGUCAAAUUUAUUCUUGCCCCAAUCAUUUUAGACUGCAAAUUUAGCAUUAAAAAGAAAAAGAUGAAACAAAACCCAGUAAUUUAUGACUCAAAGAUCCUCCUCAAGCUGCUUAAAAUUGGAGAGGAUGAGGACAUCAAGCAAAAGUAUUUCAAAAAUCUCAAGAGCAUACGCAAAGACCCUGAGUUACUGUGAGCUCUCGGAUUGCAGGGGCUGCUUGUCAGAGACUACAAGAGUUUUGAAUUUGUGGACGAAGAUAAUGAUAAGUUUACGUAUGGAAUGUCUACUCAGAAGAUUAGCUUGGGUUCGAUUCUUGAUCACUUGUUUAACAUAGGAAGAGAUAGUUGUGAAACAGAUUUGAUGCAACUUCCUGAUGAAUUAAUUGAAGAAUCUUUAGCAAUAAUGGAGAGAAAAUAACCUCUCACUCUUCAUUUUAAAAACUCCAGAAGACUCCUUUACCACAUUUUCAUGCUUUUCAACCUCAUCAGAACUCUUAUCUAAAAUCUACCAUUGGUUUAUGGAACAAGCCCCCACCUCCGAAUUCCCUCACUACAAAGAAAUCCACCACACUCUCUUCACCUUCCCCGGAGGCUGCUCACGAAAACAACUUCAGCCCAUCCUCCAAAACAUCCUCAAAGACACCCUCCUCAAAGACCUAAACCUCUAA